AUGCCUCACUCAGUAUCAUCCGGCUCUGCGCAGAAUGAUGAUGAGAUGCCGGAUGCCCCUCCAGUCGAGACCUCAACUGAGACUCGCGUCAGACUCGAGGAUAUGUUCGACGGCGAUGAUGAUGGUGAUGACGAUGAGGAGUUCCCGGCUUCCGCAGAUGUGAAGAUGGAUUCUCCGCCAAAGGAAGAGCCUCCAGCACCAACACCAUCGGGUGUGGACCCAGAUAUCAUGCUCGCCUUUUAUCAACGACUUUUCCCCUUCCGAUACCUCUUUCAAUGGCUGAAUCAUGGAAUUGUACCCACAAAAGACUUCGGCAACCGCGAAUUUGCAUUGACACUGCAAAAUGACGCCUAUCUCCGGUACCAAUCAUAUCCAACUGCUGACCUGUUCCGGAAAGACAUACUUAAAAUGAACCCUUCUCGUUUCGAAAUCGGACCUGUCUAUAGCACCAACCCACGCGAUCGGAAAACGCUACGAGGCGGUCAGAUGAAGCCAGUCUCGAAGGAAUUGGUUUUUGAUAUUGAUUUGACUGAUUACGAUGAUAUUCGUACAUGUUGUGUCAAGGCGAAUAUUUGUGCUAAGUGCUGGUCAUUUGUGACAAUGUCAAUCAAGGUCAUCGACACCGCACUACGGGAGGACUUUGGGUUUGAACACAUCCUCUGGGUUUACUCUGGUCGUCGUGGUGCUCACGCCUGGGUAUGCGAUCCCCGUGCGCGCAACCUCACAGAUGACCGACGCCGAGCCAUUGCUGGUUAUCUUGAAAUAAUCCGCGGGGGGUCACAAAGCGGGAAAAAGGUCAACAUCAAACGGCCACUACACCCCCAUAUUGUACGCAGUCUUGAGUUGCUCAAACACGACUUUGCCCGGACCACACUCGGUGAUCAAGAUACAUUCGAAUCUGCCGAGCAGGCAGAACGCCUUCUGUCCUUGUUGCCUGACAAGACCUUAAACGACUCCUUACGGAGGAAAUGGGAAUCCUCUCCAGAUCGUGCCAGCACCAGCAAAUGGGCCGAUAUCGAUUCACUUGCAAAGACCGGUAAGAGCAGCACGUUAAACCCGGCGACGCUCAGGGAUGCGAAGCAAGAUAUUGUCUUGGAAUAUACCUACCCACGCCUGGAUGCCGAGGUCAGCAAAAAGAUGAUUCAUUUGCUCAAGAGUCCCUUUGUUAUUCACCCCGGCACUGGCCGUAUUUGUGUUCCCAUCGAUCCUCGCAAUGCAGAAAACUUCGAUCCUCUUUCCGUCCCGACGGUGAUGAACCUACUUGCUGAGAUUGAUGAAUAUGACGCGAAACACUCUGUUGGCACAGCGGAGGCAGAUAUCCCCGACGCUGAAGGCAGUGCGAUGAAUGGCUCCGACAUUAAGGGUAGCCGUAAGGUGCAGGAUUAUGAAAAGACCAGCCUGAAACCUUAUAUCGAUUUCUUCCGUUCCUUCAUCGCAGGCCUCAUCAAGGAAGAGCGUGCUGGUAAGCGUGAACGAGAUGAUAGUGGCCCUGUUGUUAAGGCUGAUCCUAUGGAAUUCUAA